AUGCUAUUGAUGGAUGCUGGCUGCCAGGAUCGACCGUUGCUGGUCCGUUGGUCCGUUGAGGGAAGGGGCGGGAUGCGGGGGCCUCGCUGCAACUCAGAUUGCCGUGACUGGACUGGCAGCAGACUGGCAGCAGACUGGCAGCAGACUGGGGGUGCCUGCAGGUAUUCGGCGUGCCUGAAGUUUGGCCCUCGCGGUGGUGAGGAUUCAGGAAUCAGGACAAAGGACCUGUCGAAGAUGUGGGACCAGCAGGGCCACGCCCGCCGCGCCGCCACGCCCCCACCCCGCCAGACCCCACCAGACCCCCUCCCAUCAAACCAACCUUUUCACUGUGGAGCCCCAGAUGAUGAUGACUACACGCCCCUGCCUCCUGCACCCUCCAAUAGGCCAACAAGAUGGAGCCGCUCCAUUGCCAACGACCUUGCCGCUGGCGACUUGGUGGUUGCUGCUCGUCAGUCAUGCAUUGACUGA